AUGCCCUCCCACCAGCCUUGGCACUUCAACCCACAGCCUCCCCUGCCGCUGCCUGCGCCGCCUGGCUUCCCCUCCGCGCCUUCUUCCCAGGGCCGGGCCAAGCCAGCGGCGGAGAGCAAACCCCGCCAUGGCGGAUCUCCCAGCCGACCCGGGCAGCCAGCAAAUCACACGCGCCCCAGCGCGGGGAAUCCCGGGGAGCGGCGACUCGCCGCCCGGUGCCUGGUGGUGGAUGGAGACGGGCAGAAGGUCCCGUUCGGGGCCCUGUUCCGGGAGCACAGAGCCAUCGUGGUGUUCGUGCGGCAUUUCUUAUGUUACACCUGUAAAGAAUAUGUAGAAGAUCUGGCAAAAAUUCCCAAGAAUUUGUUACAAGAUGCAAAAGUGAGACUGAUAGUUAUUGGACAGUCAUCUUACCAUCACAUUAAGCCAUUUUGCAGUUUGACAGGGUACCACCAUGAAAUCUAUGUUGAUCCAGAGAGGGAGAUUUAUAAAAUAUUUGGCAUGAAAAGAGGUGAAGCAGCCACAUCAUCAGUGAAGAGCCCGCAUGUGAAAUCAAACUUGCUGUCAGGAAGUAUCAGAAGCAUGUGGAGAGCAAUGACUGGCCCAGCUUUUGAUUUUCAGGGAGAUCCAGCUCAGCAGGGGGGGGCUAUGAUUUUAGGCCCAGGUAGCUCAGUCCACUUUGUGCAUCUCGAUAAAAAUAGGUUGGAUCAUGCUGCCAUUAACACAGUUUUGCAGCUUGCAGGAGUUAAAACUGUAAAUUUUACAAACAAACAUCAAAUUAUUGACAUUUGACUUGCCGGAAAAAAACAGAUUACAAAUUAAACUUGAUGCAAGAAGACAGAAAGACUUCAAAGAAUUGCCAUGUAUGUCAUAUUUUAUGUCCUAAUAUAAAAGCUGAUAAUACCUACUGGAUCUCAGAGCACCAAGUAAGUUGCAUUGUGCUGAAAAUGCAGAUGAACUCACACUUUCAACAUAUAGAAGAAAUCAUUAAUUUUAAGACCUAACUGCCCUUUCGACAAAAUAAUUCUGUUUGCAUUUUUCUGUCUCAAAAAAUCUUGCUAGUUCAAUCUUAAAAUCUUGAUUCAAUUUGAAGCACUAAGCAACAUGAAAACAAAACUCUAAUAACUUGCUUUUUUCACAAAGAAUCCUUGGAAUUUUUGCCAUUCAAUAGGUCAUGUAUUUUUUUUCACUGGCGGCUUGAAACUUUUAGUAUUAUGUAAAUUUCAUAAAAUAUAUUAUCAAAAAGCAAGCAUGAACAAUAGGAAACUGACACAAGAUUAUGCCUAUUCCUAUAUCUGACUAUAGCAGCACAACAAAACAUGUUUCUAUAGUUCUAAAUAAAUGUUUAAAUUACAAGCUCAAUUGUUUGUAAUUACUUUUCCCCUCCCCCUAGUUUGACACAUCAAGAUGGUAGCUUUUUUAAAACAAAGCAGAGGUAAGUUUUAAAUGCAUUCUGAAUCAGACUAUUAAUUUAAAAUAAAUUAAUUUUUAAGGUCUAAAGUUAAUAACAGUGUUCCCUUAAACAGGGCAAAAUUUCCAUUAGUACAUGUAGCAGAAGUUCUGGCUAAAAUAUCACUGGUUAUUUCCAUCAAAGCAACAGAGGUAGUAACACAAUAGCAUUUAUUAGAUCAGUGAUUCUCACAUUUUUUGGCCUGUGGACCACCUGGCUCAAUGUAAACCUUUCCUCGGACCACCAGUUGCUAAUGGAAACUCACCGUUAAGUACAUAAUUACAGCGAGUCAUUUUGCUAGUACGGCAACUAGGGAGAAUAAUUUAGUUUAUUAAACAGAUUAAGCUGUUUUAACUUUCUCAUGUUAGUUACCAAACUUCAUUUUAAAAUAAAAUAUUAAUUUAUG